GCCACUCCAGUCAUGAGUGGAGCUCAUUUGCGCUUCUUGGCGGAUUUUGAAACAACACACUUCCUCUUUUUUCAUUUUUAAUCCCACCACUUAGUUGAAAGCGCCUCGUCGACAUAAACUGGUGUGAUGCUUCCAAAUAGCCGCGGCACCUGUUUUCAUGUGUUUUAUGUUGCGUUCAACAGUCAGCUGGACUACUGGGAAUUUUGGAUGCUACUGAAAGGUUCGUUGUUCGAGCCCUGCGGGUCCAGCCUGGUUUAAGGGCGUGAAAAUUGUUCCCGUUCUUCUUUCCACCCGCCAAGUGGAUGAGGAUUAUAUCUGCGGAGAUGCUGCUUCUGGUGCCGGUUCUGUGGCUGCUGCCUCUGAGCGGAGCUGCUCCCUCUCCAACCGCGCAAGAGGACACCGGGGUGGACUGGCUGAGCAAGUUUGGUUACCUCCCGCCCCCCGACCCUGUGACAGGGCAGCUUCAGACCAAGGAGGCCCUGACCAAAGCCAUCAAAGCCAUGCAGAAGUUUGGAGGGCUCAAGGAGACCGGAGUCUUUGAUCAAGCCACAUUGGGACUCAUGAAAACUCCCAGGUGCUCCCUGCCAGACGUGCCUGUGCCUGAAGGGGCAAUGGGCCGCAGGAAACGAAGCCUGAACACUCAGAACAAAUGGACGAAGCGGCAUCUAUCUUGGAGAGUGAGGACCUUCCCCAAGGAUUCGGCCUUACUGGGCAGGGACACGGUUCGAGCCCUCAUGUAUUACGCCCUGAAGGUGUGGAGUGACAUCGCACCGCUGAACUUCCAUGAGGUGGCAGGGAGCGACGCCGACAUUCAGAUCGACUUCACCAAAGCCGACCACAAUGAUGGAUAUCCCUUUGACGGGCCCGGCGGCACCGUGGCUCAUGCCUUUUUCCCGGGAGAGAGGUUCACCGCUGGGGAUACGCACUUUGACGACGACGAGGCUUGGACCUUCAGAUCACCAGACUCUCACGGGAUGGACUUGUACGCGGUUGCCGUCCAUGAGUUUGGUCACGCCAUCGGCCUGGUCCAUACGUCAGCCAUGGAGUCCAUCAUGAGACCGUACUACCAGGGUCCUGUCGGAGACCCUCUGAAGUAUGACUUACCCUAUGAAGACAAGGUUCGCGUCUGGCAGCUCUAUGGUGUCCGAGACUCCGUGUCCCACACCACACAACCAGGCAACCCCUCCCAAACGGCAGACCCACCAGUGCUGCUGGACCUUCCGGAAAACAGAUCGUCUGUCUUGCUGGUACAAGAUGCCCCAGACAGAUGCGCCGGCCACUUUGAUGCCGUCGCCCAAAUACGAGGGGAGGCCUUUUUUUUUAAAGGCAAGUACUUUUGGCGACUAACACGUGAGAAGAACCUGGUAUCACUGCGUCCGGCUCAGAUUCAUCGAUUCUGGAGAGGCCUUCCAGCCAGUGUGAACAGCGUGGACGCCGUGUACGAAAGGCCCGGAGACCACAAAAUUGUCUUUUUUAAAGGUCUCAAGUACUGGGUGUUUAAAGACAACAUCGUGGAGGAGGGCUACCCCCGCCCAAUCAGCGACUUCGGCCUGCCUUUGGAGGGAGUGGAUGCCGCCUUUGUGUGGCUUCACAACGAAAAAACCUACUUCUUCAAGGACAACCGCUACUGGCGCUACGACGACCACCUGAGACGUAUGGAUCUGGGCUACCCGAAGGACAGCACGCUGUGGAAGGGGCUGCCGCCGCAACUGGAUGACGCCAUCCGGUGGUCUGACGGUUCGUCCUACUUCUUCAAGGGGAAGGAGUACUGGCGUGUGCCCAGCAGCGACAUGGAGGUGGAGGAGGGCUACCCCCGCCUCAUCUCCAAAGACUGGCUGCUGUGCACCGAAAUGCAGUCAGACUCUCCGGGCGCGGAGCCCAAAAGCACCGAGACGAGAAUCAACGUGCGCCAACACCCGGACCACGCCGAGAACGGCUACGAGGUGUGCUCGUGCACGUCGGACACCGCCUCGCCUUUAGGCGCCCGGCCCUCCCCGUCCCCCUUGUGGCUGCUGCCGCCUCUCUGGACGCUCUGGCUCGCCCUAUGCUCUCAACCGCUAUGAUGCCAAAACAAAGAAAGUACUCAUUUAAAGACACCCAGCUUACAUUUAAACUGGAACAUUCUCUUCAUAUGAAGUACUAAUUUUGCUCCUAUUUAUUUCUCAAGCCAUUUGAUGUUUAUCUAAAAGGCCUUGCAGCAUACCUAGUACAUACUGUACAGUUAACACACAGGUGGGCUUCAAUCCGCUUCCAAUGGGAAAGGUAAUGGUCUGAAAAAGAAGUUACAAAGAUAGAUGAGGUGAAAUUUUGAGCAGCUAAACUUUACAAGAAACACAAAUCAAUGUUAUUAGUUACACGGAACAAGCACACACCAAUUAGAAUGUAGACCAGUUAAAGGAACAGGUUGACCUUUUUUCAGACACUUUAUGAUAUUUCUAUAUCCAAUUAAUGAAAGGCUAUCAGGCCGCAGACGGGAAAUUAGAUUUGACUUUUGCCAUUUAAGUACCCCGACGAGUUUUACUUAAGCUCACUAAUUAAAAUGUUAUACAUUUACUGAUGACAUCACCGGCUGAAGCCAAUUCAACAGGGCUCCAAAAUCCAAUUCACAAUGCUGGCGGUGGACCAAAAUAUACCCCCAGUAUGGUCCCAUUUAAUGGAACUGCAAAAAAGGACGUGUCCCCAUGUGUGCAGGAAUAGAAGUGACAUCAGGACAACGGGCCUCAUUCACUCAUUAGAAGUGCUUAGUUUUAUGUCAUGUUUCUCCAUUUGUACCCGUACAUUUUUAUUUUUUUUUAUUAAUUUUUUUUAAAUCUCUGAUUAUUUGAAUUAUCUGUCAUAACAGGCAUUACAGUUAUUCUUUUUAAAUUUAAUUUUAAUUUUUUUUUAUUUAAUUUAAUUUGAUAAAAAAUCUCAGAUUAUUUGAAUUCUCCGUCGUAACAGGCAUUGCCUGAGACACCUGUGAAAAGUUAUGAAAACUUAUGUGACCUUUAGCCUUGGGUUUUUUUUAAUGCAAAUUUACAACUUUAUUUUUGUGCAUUUAUGACUUUUUUUCUCUGAAAUUUCCACUUUUUCUCGUAAAUGUACGACUUUAUUCUCAAAAUCUCAGAUGAUUUUAAUACUCUGUCCAUACAGACUUUGGGUAAAGGUAAUAUUAUGACUUUUUUUCUUGUUAAUUUGCGACUUUUUUAAUGCAAAUGUAAAACUUAAUUCCUGUACAUUUACGACUUUUUUUCUCAGAAAUUUCCCACUUUUUUCUCAUAAAUGUACGAUUUUAUUCUCAAACUCACAGAUGAUCUUAAUACUCUGUCCAAACAGGCUUUGGGUAAAGGUAAUAUUAUGACUUUUUUUCUUGUUAAUUUGUGACUUUUUUAUGGCAAAUUUACAACUUUAUUUUUGUACAUUUAUGAAUUUUUUUCUUGGAAAUUUCCCACUUUUUUCUCGUAAAUGUACGACUUUAUUCUCAUAAAUCACGACUUUAUUCUCAAAAUCACAGAUGAUUUUAAUACUCUGCCCGAACAGGCUUUGGGUAAAGGUAAUAUUACGACUUUUUGUCUUCUUAAUUUGUGACUUUUUUAUUGCAAACUUACGAUUUUAUUCUUGUACAUUUCUUUAAAAUUUCCCACUUUUUUCUCAUAAAUUUAGGACUUUGUUGUCGAAAUCUACUCCGUCAUACGAAAGAACGGUUAUGGUCAACCCUCAGUGGUCCAUAUAUGGAUAUGACACACCUUCCUUUUGUCAUAUCAGGAGAUGAAAAGCCCUCGAUAAUCCAUAUAAGUGCAUCGAAGCCCUUCCCCUUGCCGUAUAAGUACAUUGAAAAAGCAAAUAUGUCCACGCCAGGACAUUAAACACUCAUUCAUGUUUCCGUGAGCUCAUCUUAGACUUAGACUGAUUGUGUAACAUUUAAGCAUACAUUUGUUCCUAAGAAUUGUGGGUGAAUGAGGCCCAAUGGAUUGACAUGAGUCCAGUUCUAAGGUCUAACAACAGUUAGAUGAGGUUAGACAUUCAGUUCUAUUGAGCCUGGCAGCAAAAGCUUGUAAAAAGAGUUGAAGUGGACAGAUGGUGAUUGACACGCGAGCCUGGCAUGUUGGUAGCUUUGCAGUGGGGUCACGAGGAAGAGACACAAACAGCAUGCUGGAUGGACGGCAUCUCAGACGGGAGACAUUGGAGCUCCAGGGAGAUGUCCGAGUGGCGACUUUAUUUUCAUUCUGAACCAUGGAGUCCAGGACCAUCUGUGUCGUCGUAAGCAGAACUUUUUUGUCAUUUUCAGCCCACAGAAGCAUCAGCCUGGUUGUAUUUUUGUAACGGUUAUGGAUACUUGCUCUCUUUCCUCACCCCAGACUGAUUUUUAUUCUCUCGCUCUGUCAUACGUUGAACUGCAGUUUGAAACGUCAAAAUAUAUUUGAGUUGCUCCAAGUCGAGUGUGUAUUUCAAGGUGUGUUUUCUAAUGUAAAAUAUUUUUAUAAGAAAAUAAAUUGUCACACUAUUUGAGAGUA